AUGCGCGUCCCAGGUUCUCCCGGCACCCCGACACUCCUUGCCUCCCUCCUUGAAGCUCUCCAAGACGAGUCUGGCGACGUAUAUCCUCUCUCCUGUCCCAAGACAAUCGCCACCCUCUACAUUCUGCAAACCAUGUCAGGGACAGCGACAGAGGAUCUCGUGGCUCUUCGAGCGAAGCUUCCACCUGACCUUCCCGCCUGGCGAGGCGCGGAUGUCGCGGUUUGGGACUUGUUGACCGACUUCUUCAGGUCGCGUGGAUACGAGCUAUGGGAAAUCCCGAUUCCCGGCAUCUUGAGACAAUCUGCGCCAGGACCUGUGUUGACCGCUGGCUAUGGAAAACAUCUUUAUCACGAUAUGGAUACCUGGUACUCUCUUUUCUCUCUGAGCUGUGGUACAUCCGCACUCCGUGCGGCUCGUUCCACGGAAUUUCUUGCACAAGACGUCGUCAUUCGUGUCGUCCAGGCCGGCGCUGAGGAGAUCACGCACAUUUCUAUCCUCACACUCGUGGCAUCCGAGCCCAGGGUGUCCAUCAGCACGAACCAUACUUUACCAGUCCUCGAACUAAUCGGGCUCGGCGACAUAGUAUUUGGCAUUUUCCCUAAGGCCGGUCCUGACUUGAUGAUGGUCCUGACUCGCUCGAGGCGCAACUCAGUGGGUGAUAUUGUCAACAUAAUCAUGCAGUGUCUGGAGGCUCUUCAUUUCCUGCACACCAACCUGAUUGCGCACAGAGACGCAUUCAAGGAAAACUUCCUGAUUCAGUAUCAUCCGCAAUCACUCGUCACAGAACCCAUCCGAGUCGACCAGCCGAGAGUAUACUUGCACGACUUCGAGCUUGCGUGCAGCUUUCCAGAAGGCACUCCUCCUGAGGAGCAGAUGUGCGUGGGUCCUCUCUACGGGGGUACGAUAUCGAAGAGCGCUCCGGCGGAUCACCGGUGCUCACCGGAGGUGUUGACGGGCGAGCCGUACAGCCCCUACAAGCUUGACGUAUGGCAGCUAGGGACGAGUUUUUCGGAAUUCAAGUCCACAAUCCCAUCGAUUGAUGCUGCUGUCGAGAGGCUACGCGAGCCGGAUCCGUCGAAACGGCCGACAGCAUACGAGGCGCUGAAGGAGCUCGCGGAUAUUGUGUCUUCUAUGGCGCCUCGAGACUUAGUCAUCCCUCCCGACUAUUCGUUCUUAGACCCAGUGUGGCGUCCUACUCCGCCACCUGACGAUGUAACACAGCAGAUCGCGGUCCUCCACGUAUAA